UUGACUGGACCUAAUUGGAUUCAGAUUUGGGUUUCCGCAAUUAUUCAGCAAGAGCCUUUACAAAUUACUGACUGCUGAUUGGUAGGAGCGGAUUUGAGUAAGCCCAUUACAAAGGUUCAAAUGAGUAUUAAUCAGGUGAGCAUAGUGAAUUCCCUCAGGUUUUCUGUCAUAAUACCUUUCAGUUACACGUGUCUCUAUAAUGUUGAAUCGGUUUUAUGACAGGGAGGAAUGUACAUGCUUACACUGGUGGACUGGUAUGCGUUUUUCCCGUCAAUAGCAGUUUUUGGCAUGUUGGAAUGCAUUGUUGUCAGUUGGAUCUAUGGAACACAUAGGGUGGAGAAGGUCGUCAACUCGAUGUGGGGGAAGACAGUUCCAAGAGUCAUGACCUUCAGUCUGAAAUUCAUCAGCCCAGGACUUCUUUUGAUCAUCUUCUGCUACUCCCUGUACUCCUACCGACCCCCUAACUACGGAGACUACAUCUACCCUACCUGGGCUACGGGACUUGGAUGGAUGAUAUCCUUUGGUUCAAUCUUACCUUUGCCGGUUGUCUUCAUCUGGACGGUGUACAAAACAGAGGGAAAUUCAGUGAAAGAGAAAUUAAAGAAAUCGAUGGAACCCGGCACACACUGGAGGCUGUCUUCAUCAUUUGCAGUGACCUCUGAAAACGCCAUUGACACACGAAUUUAAACCAAUUUAAAUUCAGUAAUAUGAUUCAAUAUCUAGAUAAUGGGUUUGGCGAUUUUCACAGUUGAUACACAAAACAACGUAAAAUGCUUUAGAGACACGAAUCGUCACAAGGUAGAAAAUGCAUAUAGAUCAAACCUAACUGACAAAUAUAUAGUUGCA